AAAAAAGUCAUGUGUGUUCUCCUCGAUAUGUCCCUUACAAACAGCUGUUCUUACACUUCUUAAAGCGUGUGUGUUCUGUGACUCGUGGCUGGACUUAGGAGACAAUGAAGCUGGAGGUACCAGAAAGCUUUGAAGAUGUCGCUGUUGAGUUUACAAGAGAGGAGUGGAAGAUGCUGAGUGAAGAGGAGAAAGAACUACACAAAGAGGUGAUGGUGCAGAACUUUGAACACAUGCUUUCUAUAGGCUGUAAUGUUCCACUAACUUACCUGUUGAAACUCUUUGAGAAAAAUGAGAAGAUUCCACCUGGUGAUAUGGAUGGUGAAGAGAAGGUGCUAGAAGCAGAGCUUCCUGAUGGCUCUGCUGGCAUCUGCAGGAAGGCAGAUUUUUGUGAGAGUCGGAGACAGCAGCAGCAGUCCUCUCUUGGAGAAUAUGUCAAGUCUGAAUUUGGUGUGACUGCAUCAGAUUUAUUUUCUAUUGGAUCACGUGAUGUAAGACAUACUGGCAGCAGAAGUAAGAAUUCUGUGGAAUACAUAAUGACGUUUAACAAGAAAACCAAAGUAGAACUGCACCUAGAAAGUGAGACAGGAGGACCACAUUACAAAAUACACAACUGCAUUAACAGUUCCUCUUUUCACAGAAACAUCUCAAAAAUAACUCGCAGUGGGAAAAGACAAAAAAAUAUGGUAAUGGAUGGACAGAUUUUCACCAGAGACCAGCCAUUUAGCCACUCUAGAAAGAAACCAUAUAAAUGCUCAUUAUGUGACAAGACAUUUACAAAAAACUCUCACCUGACAAGACACCAGUAUGUUCAUAGUGAGCAGAAACCUUAUAAAUGUGACAGGUGUGACAAGCAUUUUAAGUUCAAGUAUUACAUGGAAAGGCAUCAGUUAAUUCACGCUGGACACAAGCCAUAUAAAUGUGCCAGUUGUGGUAAGGGUUUUACAAGCAAGUAUCAGAUGGAAACACAUCAGUUUGUUCACACUGGACAGGAACCCUAUAAAUGUUCCAUCUGUGACAAAGGUUUUAGAGACAAAUAUCGCAUGGAAAGACAUCAAUUAGCCCACAGCGGACAUAAGCCAUUUAAAUGUGACAGCUGUGACAAAGCAUUUAGAGACAAGUGUCGCCUGGAAAACCAUCAGUUAGUUCACAUUGGACAGAAGCCCUAUAAAUGUGCCACCUGUAACAAGGGUUAUGCAAGUAAGUAUAACAUGGAAAAACACCAAUUAGCCCAUAGUGGACACAAACCUUAUAAAUGUGUCACUUGUGGCAAAGGUUUUACAGAUAAGUACUACAUGGAAAAACAUCAGUUAGUCCAUAAUGGAUAUAAAUGUGCAGUGUGUGGUAUAUAUUUUAAGCAGAGGUACCUUCUCAGAUACCACAAGAAAGUCCACGCUGAAGAGGAGCCUCAUAAGUGUGUAACAUGCGGGAAAAGUUAUACAAUGAAGAGCUCUCUCACAAGACAUCAACAAAUACAUACUGGCAACAAACUAUAUAAAUGUACAAAAUGUGGCAAGAGUUUUACAUGGAGGAGUAAUCUUGCAGCUCACGAGAAAAGACACAAAGGAGAAAAGAAGCACAUCUGACACGUGACAAGAGUUUCACUCAAGAGUCAUGUCACAGCCCAUGAGAAAACCCACACUGGAAAUAAAAAGUAUAAAUGUACGCUGUGUGGCAAGGGUUACAUAGGUAAGUAUAGCCUUAUAGCUCAUGAGAGAAAGCACAGUGGAGAGAAACCAUAUAAAUGUGCAGUUUGUGGCAGGAGUUUUAUACAGAAAAAUAACCUUAAGGCUCUUGAGAAAGUCCACUCUGGAAUUAAAGCUUUUAAGUGUGCCACAUGUGGUAAGAGUUUUGUGAAAAAGAGUAAUCUAACAGUCCAUGAAAAAAUCCACACUGGAAAUAAAUCUUACAAAUGUGCCACAUGUAGUAAAAGGUUUAUUCAGAAGAUAAACAUUAGAAUGCAUGAGAAAAUUCACUCUGGGCAUACUUAAAUAUGUUACCAGUACAGGUAACCCCAUUCAGCUACAGAAGGAGGCAAGUCUGAGCACGUUGCAGGUGCUGAGAAGUGCACUCAAAGACUAAAGAAAAAGUGAAUUCAUGACAUUUGUCAAAUUCCGAUUUAACAAUGGUUUCUGUUUGUGUUACUGUCCUAAAAUACCUAAACACUUGGAGAAGUCAAACAGGAUGUAUAAGAUGUAUCCCACAUGGAUAAGUGCUAGAACAACCACGGAUGGAUUGUGCACUGACAAACCAGUGGCUAAGUCAGGAGGGAGUUUAAACUAAAAGAUGAAAGGUUAGUGGCAUCUCAAGAUACUGUACUACAUAUGUGGUCAUUCACGUUAAUCAAAAACACAGGAAAUAAAAUCAAAUCUAGGCCUUGCAGCAUGAAACCAGAAACAGUUACCCAUGUCACUGUGGGGUGCAGUAAAGGGUGUGUGUAUAUACUGACAGACAUGACAAGGUUGUUACUCUGGAGACUAAACGUAAUACAGAGUAAGCUGAGAAGCAUUAAAAACAUGAUGCAAAAAGGAUUACUGAAAACACAGAGUCAUCCAGUGCCAACAAUUAAAAAGAUGAAACACAAAAACAGAUAUUGUAAGAGACCACCUCAAGGCCCGAUCCCUGUAUUCUUUCUCCUACAGGCUCUUGAUGGAUGAACUAUGCCUGGCAUGCAAAGCAUUGUCAGACCCCACUCUGAUGGACCUCCUGCAUAUCUGCAAAACAAACAGCUCCAGAGUUAUCCAUUCUAAAGACUUAAACCUUGCCU